CUGCAGCUCUGUGCUGGUCUGGGUGCGCUGUCGCCGCUGUAGUCGCUGUCUGGGUCUCUUCCGCGGUACCCUGUGCGGAGGCUGCCUCCGGGCUCUGGGCGCAGACACCAUGUACGGAUUCGUCAACCAUGCCCUGGAGCUGCUGGUGAUCCGCAAUUAUGGUCCCGAGGUGUGGGAAGACAUCAAAAAAGAGGCGCAGCUGGAUGAAGAAGGCCAGUUUCUUGUCAGAAUAAUCUAUGAUGAUUCCAAAACAUACGACUUGGUGGCGGCGGCAAGCAAAGUCCUCAACCUCAAUGCUGGUGAAAUCCUGCAGAUGUUCGGGAAGAUGUUUUUUGUCUUUUGUCAAGAGUCUGGCUAUGACACCAUCUUGCGUGUCCUGGGAUCUAACGUCAGAGAGUUUUUGCAGAACCUCGAUGCCCUGCAUGACCACCUUGCUACCAUCUACCCCGGGAUGCGCGCACCUUCCUUCCGGUGCACCGACGCGGAAAAAGGCAAAGGGCUCGUUUUGCACUACUACUCGGAGAGAGAGGGGCUUCAGGACAUUGUGAUCGGGAUCAUCAAGACCGUUGCUCAGCAGAUACACGGCACUGAAAUAGACAUGAAGGUUAUUCAGCAAAGAAAUGAAGAAUGUGACCACACUCAAUUUUUAAUUGAAGAAAAAGAGUCCAAGGAAGAGGAUUUUUAUGAAGACCUGGACAGAUUCGAAGAAAACGGUACCCAGGAGUCACGCAUCAGUCCGUACACCUUCUGCAAGGCAUUUCCUUUCCACAUCAUAUUUGACCGGGACCUGGUGGUCACUCAGUGCGGCAAUGCCAUCUACCGAGUGCUGCCCCAGCUUCAGCCUGGGAACUGCAGUCUUCUGUCUGUCUUCUCUCUGGUCCGCCCUCAUAUUGACAUCAGUUUCCAUGGGAUUCUUUCUCACAUCAAUACAGUCUUUGUCCUGAGAAGCAAGGAAGGAUUGCUGGAUGUUGAGAAACUUGAAUGUGAGGAUGAAUUGACCGGGACAGAGAUUAGCUGCUUACGUCUCAAGGGCCAAAUGAUCUACUUACCAGAAGCAGAUAGCAUCCUCUUCCUCUGUUCACCAAGCGUGAUGAAUCUGGACGACCUGACACGAAGAGGCCUGUACCUGAGCGACAUCCCGCUUCACGAUGCCACGAGAGACCUGGUUCUGCUGGGAGAACAGUUCCGGGAGGAGUACAAACUGACCCAGGAGCUGGAAAUCCUCACGGAUAGGCUACAGCUCACACUGAGAGCCCUGGAGGACGAGAAGAAAAAAACAGACACAUUGCUGUAUUCUGUCCUCCCUCCAUCUGUCGCCAAUGAGCUGAGACACAAGCGCCCAGUUCCUGCCAAAAGAUACGACAAUGUGACCAUCCUCUUCAGUGGCAUCGUGGGCUUCAAUGCUUUCUGUAGCAAGCAUGCGUCUGGAGAAGGUGCCAUGAAGAUCGUCAAUCUCCUCAAUGACCUCUAUACUAGAUUUGAUACGCUGACCGACUCACGGAAAAACCCGUUCGUUUAUAAGGUGGAGACAGUUGGCGACAAGUACAUGACCGUGAGUGGAUUACCAGAACCUUGUAUCCACCACGCACGGUCCAUUUGCCACCUGGCCCUGGACAUGAUGGAAAUCGCUGGUCAAGUUCAGGUAGAUGGUGAAUCUGUUCAGAUCACAAUCGGGAUCCACACCGGGGAGGUGGUGACAGGUGUCAUAGGACAGCGGAUGCCGCGGUACUGCCUCUUUGGAAAUACCGUCAACCUCACAAGCAGAACAGAAACCACAGGAGAAAAGGGAAAGAUUAAUGUGUCUGAAUAUACAUACAGGUGUCUUAUGUCUCCAGAAAAUUCAGAUCCACAGUUCCAUUUGGAGCACAGAGGCCCGGUGUCCAUGAAGGGCAAGAAAGAACCAAUGCAAGUUUGGUUCCUAACCAGAAAAAACACAGGCUUAGAGGAAACAAACCAGGAUGACAAUUGAGUCUCAGAUUGUGGGGCAACAAGAACUGUCAUUUGGCUUCUGGUGAUGGCCUAAGACGUGCCAGGCCUGGGAGCGCUUCUUCCCUGUGGGUAUUGAUUUCUACUGUCCUUUCUCAUGCCCCAACGCUUUCACCUAGAUACACAUAUCCGACACUAUUCAUUAUCUGAUGUUAGCUAUGCUUUUGACUACUUUUAAGGUGACGGUAAAGUUUGGCUUUUGAUGUGAAUGAUUUGAAUGUCACGUUCCUGAAAUUCUGCUGCAAGCGUUACCUACACUGGUGACCUAAAAGUGGUAGACACCCAAUACAUAUUUGUUGAAUUAGACAAAAUGAGACUUAAUAGAAUCUGGCCUUGUGUGUAUUUAUCAUGGCUCAACAGGUUUAUUUUCCAUGUACAUGUAUAUUUUAAUGACUAUGACGUAAAACAAGGUUCAUAUGUUGGUGCAUGUUGUUCUAGAAACCAUUUUCUAAAGGAAUGGAUCUAAGUUUUAGGAAAAAUGCAAUUUCUAGACUUCUGAAGUAGGAAUUUAUAUGCUAUACUAAGAAACAAGUGACUAUUUUGAAGGAUACUAAUUCCUGGAAAUAUAGGAUAUACAUUUCUUUUAUUGUAAAAUUGGACUGCUCAUCCAAGUCUCACGCCAAUUACAGUUUAUCUAACCUCUGACAUGCCCUAAUCUGUAGUGCAGUCCUUGUCUGAGUUUCAGAAACUACUGAUGGCUGGGAUGGGGCUGUAUUGUUUCACACUCGAAGGCUGCAUUUGUUUGAACAAGCAUUGGGGGACAAGCUAUAUCCAAGAACAAAGCUGGGAUACAUAGCUAGGACACUGUUGGAGCCAACCGUGGCUGUCUCAAGGCCUGAGCUUCUGGUACUAGCUUAGAGGAAUGGCAACGCAUGUAGGACAUCAUAUUCAGAAUAUUCAGAAAAAUCAUUUUAAUCCCAACCUAGAGUGGGAAUAUUUGGCCUAUCAUCCUUUAAAUGUCUGAUAAUUUAUUGGUAUCUAUCUUUAUAAACUAUAGUACAACUACUUUUAUGUAAAAAUGUUUGUCUUUAAAUUUAGUAUUUCAUAUCAGCACAUCAAUAUAUGUAUAAACGUUACCUGUUAAUUGUGUAAAAAACUCUACAAUAAAUUAUUUUUUUCACUUGUC